AUGUUUAUAACUCCUCGAGUUUGGCGCGACGUAGAUGUCGAAGAGUUCAAAAAAGCGAAUCGCAUUUGUUUUGUUACUCUUGACGAUAUGGAGAAAGAGCUUGCUGACCUGGCAACACACUUGUUCAAUGGGAUAAAGGUGGAUGCCUGGUGGUUCGAUACCAGCAAGAUUGGCCCUGAGUACUGGAAUCCAGAGUCCGACAUGGACUUGGCACAGAUGAGACAAUUAGAACUCGAGACUGCAGGAAACAAUUCAUCGGAUAGCAAAACAUCAGAAGAGGCUAUUGACGACGAGACUGAUGAUGACGAGACUAUUGACGACGAAAUAUCGGCGGACGAGGCAACAGGACCAGGAAAAUUGGUCAGCACCAAGGACAGCAAUAACCAGGAAACCGAGACUGAGAGUGAAGACGCUCAACAAGAGAAGCAGUCAAAAAGGGCACGAAAGAAGAAAGGAAAGAAACGAAACAAGGGGACAAGAUUCGACAAAGGUUUCACCAAGAACAAAAAGAAGAAGAGAAAGUGA